AUGAGUUCAAAAGAAACCGUGGGUGUGAUAUCCCAAAACAAAGAGCCUUCAACAGCAGUUAAAGUCGUGACUGGGUUCACAAACAAGCUAUAUGAAGGAUUUAGAGCUCUCUUCAUUUGGUAUCCCUCAAACUAUUCCUCUGAAGAGAAGAAACUAUUGUUCAAAGUGGAUAUUUCAACUUUGAUUUAUGCAUGUGCCUCAUAUUUUGCUAAAACUUUAGACACUAAGAAUAUCAAUAAUGCCUAUGUGUCUGGAAUGAAAGAAGACUUAAAUAUGUAUGGUAAUGAGCUUAACUGGCUUGUGUUGGUUUAUCAUAUGGGUUACGUGCUUGGUCAAGUUCCGGGAUUACUACUUUUAUCAAGACCUAAAUUUUCGCGGUAUGUUUUACCAGGUUUGGAGAUUGUUUAUGGUCUUUUGACAUUUUUACAAAGCUUAGCCAAAUCUACAAAACAUCUUUAUGUCUUAAGAGGAAACCCACCUGAACUAUUUGUUCGUACAUCUGUAUACUUUCUUAGUUUAUCUGCUGGUAAUUUAAUCUCAGGACAUUUGCAAGCUGCUGCUUACACAAACUUGAGCGGGGUUUACGGUAAAACUGGAUGGCAAUGGCUUUUUAUCAUUGAUGGUAUAAUUACUAUUGGUAUCUGUAUUUUAGGUUUCACAUUAUGGACAGGUAUUCCUGAGGCUGGUAAACCUAUGUUAUUAACAGAGAGUGAAUAUAAACUGGUCUUUGUGAGACUGAAAAGAUUUGGUAUUAAGGAGUCAAAGAAAUUAGAUUUGGAUGUUUUCAAAAGAGCAUUGACAGACUGGAAGUGGUAUUUGUUCUGCUUCAAUUAUACAAUUAUGGUCAUUUGUUGGUAUCCAAUAGGUUACUUCUCAUUAUGGUUGAAACAAAAAGGUACUUAUACUGUUCCUGAAAUAAAUAGGUAUCCAACAAUCUGUGAUGUUAUUGGAAUAAUCGUCUCGUUCCUGGGUACUGGGUUAGUUGGUGUGUUUCCACACUGGGUGCUUUAUACAAUUGGUGCUACGGGUACCUUAAUCGGUGCAUUGAUAAUGAGCAUCUAUACUGUUCCAGAUUCUGCUGUUUUUGCUGCAUUUUAUAUUUCAUAUUUCAUUAAUAUGACAUCACCCAUCCUCUACUCUUAUGUGAGUGUCAUUUUGAGAGAAGAUUCAGAACAAAAGGCUUUAAUUGUUGGAUCAAUGAUGACAUUUGCCCAGUUCACAGUUGUAUGGAUAGCACUAGCAUUGUUCCCCACCAGCGCGAAGAAUCAUCAUAGAGCAGCACCAGAAUGGAACAUAGGAUGGCCUGUCAGUGUGGUUUUAGCUGGACUUAUGAUCUUGUCAUACUGGCUUAUCACAUGGCUUCAUGAAAGAGAAAAGAAACAAGGAAUCGCUUUCAAAAAUGAUGAAUUUAUCAAUGAAUAUGACGACCAUGAUUUAGACCUUGAUAGUGUUAGUGUUGUUUCAUCACAAGCUGGAGACAGUAGAUCUACUGCUCAUAAGAGAACUGAUAAACAGAAUGUUAAAGAAGUCAACCAGAGUGAUUGA